UUGGAUGAUAAGGAGUUAUAUAAUUCUGAAGAAGAAUCUAAAAGCAAACACUUUUCUGAUAUUAAACAACUAUCUAAUAAAAAAAAUUAUAAAGAAUUAAAAGGAUUGAAAGAUAAUGAGAACUUAGAUGAAUAUAUUGAAAACUUUAAUAGUUUUAUUGAUAA